AUGAAUAACGCUCAAUUCGAAUACCUAGUCGGUCUUCUUUCUGAGGAUUUGCAGAAACAAGAUACAAAUAUGAGGAAUUCUAUCACACCAGCUGAGCUCGUUUGCAUGGCCCUACGUUACUUAGCGACUGGUGAGACUUUCAGGUCUUUAGAAUUUCAAUUCAGAGUGUCAAGAAAAAGAAUUUCAGCAGCUGUUAUGGAGGUAUCUGAAGCUAUCAUAAAGAGGUUGGGUCCAACCUUCCUUUCAACUCCGAAAACACAGGGGGAAUGGCUAGAUAUCUCCAGAAAGUUCAAUGAGCGUUGGAACUUCCCAAAUGGAUUAGGUGCUCUCGAUGGGAAGCAUAUCGUCAUUCAGCAGCCCCCAAAUUCAGGGUCUCAUUACCGAAACUAUAAAGGGACAGACAGUGUAGUGCUCAUGGCUCUUGUCGGGCCAGAAUAUGAGUUUCUUUAUGUGGAAGUUGGAGCGAACGGUAGAAAUUCUGAUGGAGAAGGAAUAAACAGAGAAGUUAUUUUAGCUUUACUUUUGUUGGACGAAGAAGAAGAGGAAGAUCGUGAAGAACCACCAAGAAAUUGCUGGGUGCAACCGUGGCUUGGGAAUAGAGAGUGUCUUGGCGCUUUUCAUACAAUCUUCAACGAAAUAUAA